UUGUACAUAAUACUUACUGACAUCCACCACCAUCCCUUGACUGACUGCAAUCAAUAAGUCUCGUCCCCUUGCCUGUUUCCUUCCUGACACUUGGCUCAAGCCACAUAUAUCGCCCACUGCCUUUACUCUAUCUCUAUCGACCAUCGCUCUCACGUCCUGUCUGUCUGUCUCGGCCGAGUCAGUCAGUGUGUCCUUAUCUUGUCCUUGAACGCUGCCAGCCCGUCCCCCGAUGCAAUCUCCACAUCCAUGCGCUCCGUUCUGCCUGUCGGCCGCCCUUCCUUCACAUGCAGCCUCAUCAGCGGCCCAGCCCACCACCCCAACACGUGACGCCUCCGGCCUCCUCCAUCCACUGGACGGGGCGAUGGUUUGGCAUCCUUCCUCUCUCUCCUGUCCUUGGGGCUUCGCUUCUUGGUCUUCCUCUGUUGCAGUUUUGGGGGCUCCCUCAUUUUCCCUUUCUCCUUCUCGAUCACUGUCGCUGUUGAGAGAAGAUGUCGCAAGGCGCCUCUUGGCGUCUUCUCCUGGAUGGAGGAGGUCUUGGCUUGCGACGGCACGGGGGUGGGUGCCGCUGGUUUCGUGGGUGGUGUGAUGGACGGCGCCGGAGACACGACUGGGGUGGGACGGCGGGCGGCCGACAGGUCGAGCCGAGGGGGCAUCCUGCCGCUGACAGUCGACGUGGACCCCCUCCUGUCCACAGGCCAUUUGUCUCGCCUCUCUUCAUCUGCCGCCCUCUCCCUCUUGACGAACGUGUCGACAGGUGUGGGUCUUGGCGUGGGGGUGGUGAGGAAGCUGCUGGGGGCGAAUGACUUCGGCACGCUGCCCGAGAGGAAUGAGGCAAGAGCAGGCUGGUCCUUGGACCCCUUCUUUGCCUUAGGCACCUUCUUGGUACUCGCUGUCGUUGCUGAGGCCGCUGGCUGCCCAGCCUCUGCACAUGGGACCGCCGCACUCUCUCUGUCCUUGACAGUAGUGUGUGUCUCAAGACUUGUCUUGGCCAACGCUUCGAGCAGGGGGCUCCCAUGUCUUUUCGUCGUCACCUCGGUCAUCUUCGGCUGGGUGGCCUUGCUGUCAUCUGCUAUCUGGAGAGCUUCCUUUGGCCGAGAUGGAGCGCCGAAUGCUGGUGUCGGAGGCUCUCCAAUCGGUGUUGAGGGAUAAUCUUGUUUGGCUGGCUUGUGAGCCUGUCGGUGCGGCUGGGUAUGGUCACGUGCUUGGCUGCCAGCUUCCACCGAUGCCUGCACGGCCUUUGGAUGGAGUGUCGUUCCCUGCCGUCUGCGGGAUGCCCGGCGAGUCUCUUCGGCUCCAGCCACAGCUGCAGCAGCAGCAGCAGCAGCGUCGCCCACCCUCUCCUCGUUCUCUUCUUGCUCAACCCAUCGAUGUCGCACCUUGAAUGUCUCAUCUGCAACGCUCCUGCCACCGUCCACCUGAACGACGACCUCGAUCUCGCCAAGAGCAGCCACAUAGGGGAGAUAGACGGGCAGUGUCUCUCUGUGUGCAGCCAGGGGCGACAUUGGGAUGUCGCAUUUGAUUAGCUGGAGGGGUGGUGAUGGGUAGGAGACCGGCACGAUGCGGGCGGUGAUGGUGAGCAGGUCAUGGAUGGGGUCAUAGGCAUCCAGGGGCGGACAUAACUCACGGAAGCCGACACGCAUGGGUCUGCAGCAGACAUGCAACGUACGAGAGACAGAGGGACUGGGGCAUUUUCUAACCGGCGGCCGUGAGGAGGGAGCAGCGGUGCAGGGGGCUGUGUGAAGGGCCCUACGGUGAACUGGACUCCAAACACAUCACUGGGUGUCUUUCCUCCGGGCUCCGCAAGGAGGUAGAGGCCACAGAAGCCAGGCAGCGCGAAGGCCCUGCGACACACACACCUCGCAUGCACUCAUGAGCCGUGGAUGGUGUCUCACUCUCCCGUAGGAUAGAAUUCCAGCCACGCGCUCCUCAGUGUCACUGCAUCGUCGCCAUCUGAGCUUGGGAGCCGCAACUUGAAAGGCGCACUCCUUACGGACUCUCCUCGCCGACACCCCGCCGCGCGCUGCAUGUGUGAGACACGAAGAAGGACAGACCCUGAAUCAAGCUGUGAGUGAGGUGACAACGUGGAUCUUUGGCACACCUUGAGAAGCCGGUGCAGCCGCCAGACAAAGACACCUGCCUCUAGCGACGUCGACGCUCGGUGCUGCGCAUCUUCAGCUGAAAUGGGGCUCUCUUUGUCCGCACUUCCUGCUCCCUCCAUCAAACCACAAAUUGGCAGACUCUGGGGAAACCGAAUCGUUGCCCUGCUGGAGCCUAACAUCCCCGCCCGCUUCGAGAUGCC